AUGGUGACGGGUUAUUGUUGCUUGCUGGACAGUGGGAAAAAGUCCAAAAGAAGAAAGCAUGAGCUAACAACAGAGGAAUUAACAGGCGGUGGAGUUUCAGUUUCAUUAGAAUUCAGUGCCAACUCCAAGGACGUUUCUGUGAGGAUAGUUCAUCCAGGGGGGAAAGAGGAGAGUUUCCAGUAUGCUCUUUCAGCACAGCAAGUCAUGGAGAAGUACCCAGGGACUCAUGUCGCCAGGCAAGAUGUUUUCCAGAAUCCUGAAGAUUCCAUUCUGUGGCCAGAAGAGAAUCUGUUGCCUGGCAACAAGUACCUGAUCAUUCCAUCAACCACAGCUGAGAAACUGAAGCAUCACAGAAGACAUCAUCGUCAUCAUGGGACGACGACAAAAGAAAGGUUGGAACUUUGUGACAGUGAAGACACCAGAUCUGGUGCGAACAUAACUUGGGAUGAACAAGAUAUUUCGGAGGAGGAGAAUGUCUGUCGUGCAAGAGAUUUCUAUGCUUCAAAGGAUAUGUGGUCGAGGUGUUCGGAGAGGAAGACGAUGAACGUGAGGUCUAGAAAAAGACAACCUUUCAUCCCUCCUCUUCCGAGGUCGAGAAGUUUCAAAGGUUUGAGCUGGGAGCCUAGUCUUACUUCUGUACACGAGCUCUCUCCAUGA